UUUGCUCUCAGCCGUCUCAGCCAUAAUCUGAAGCCACUGACAAUCCGCCCAUCCAAGCGGUGCUAUGAAGCCCACGGUCCCGACAGUGCUAUGGAUGGGAUGAUUUUCGCCCAACUGUUGGCCCCUUGACCAGGUGGAUGUCUGCCCGAAGUAUGACGUCUGCUGAUGCGAACCUGCGGUGGGGUAGACCGAAGAAUGCCUCGGCUCCUCCAUGGCGACCUGCAGCUGAGGACCCCCCAUGGCGCCGACUUAAGGAGACGCGCAGCGAGACCCAGGUGUCGAUGCAACAAGGUGGAAGCAGCGCAAGCGAUUGCAGGCGGAGCCCCUCAAAGGACCAACCUGCUCAAGCUGCUCAAGCUGAAGCCAGAAACAAACCUGAGAAACCUGAAGAGAAGUCUCCGAGGGGAGAAGAGAGCCUUCCAGGGAGGCCAGAAGAAAGGCUUCCAGAGAAGUUGGAGGAGAAGCCUCCAGAAAGGCUUGAAAGCACGGCCAAGGCUCCCACAGCAGAGGCUUCUAGAGAAUUUGAGAUUGGCGAGAAGGUCCGAUACUGGAGCGGAACCCACGCGAAAUGGGUGGAGGCGCAUGUCCAACGAAUCAAUAAAGGACCAGAAGGCGAUCUCAUCUCCUAUGACUUGACUGCAAAAGCGCAGGCAGAUAUUUCUAGAGUGAAAGAUGCCUCCACAGCAGAAGAUGCGCCUCCACCUGUGGCACCUGCCAGGGUGGCUCCACAUGAAAGUGCAGAUGGAAAGGCGGCAGAUCAGGUCCCUGAACUCCAGUUCGACAAAGGGGUAGAGGUCCAAUAUUUUAGCGAGACCAGGAAAGGAUGGAUUGAUGCAGUGGUCGAGGAGCGGCAUGAUAAGGAGGGCGCUGUCAUAUAUGACCUGAAUUGCAAAAAGGGUGUGCCAGCAGAUCGCUUACGGAAUCCACAUGUUGAAUACGCAGUCGGGGAGCAAGUGGAAUAUUGGAGUGUGACAUCUCAACGUUGGAUGCCUGCCAUUGUUGAACACCUCCACGCAGAGGCCAAGACUUGCGACCUCAGUGUGAAACCGGGGGCUCCUUUGAGCAGAGUGCGAAAGGUUCCUGGCAGUGCCACUAUGGCACCGAUUUUCAAGGGAGUUCGGGCGACGAUCUCGCAUGGAGUUGGCGUGCCUCCUCCACCGUUGGCAUGCAGUUUCAAAGGAGGUGACCAGGUGCAGUACUACAGCGAGACAAAGCAGCGAUGGAUGGAGACAACAGUUAUCCGGAUAUACGAACAGGAAGGCAACAUUUGCUACGACCUCGACUGCAAGAAGGGCGUUUUUGCUGACAAGGUCCGUUCGUCUCUGAGGGCCUCUCAGGAGCGCUACGAGGUCGGUGAGUCUGUGGAGUAUUGGAGUGUUUCGGCUGGACGCUGGCUGAGCGCAAAGGUGACCAGAGUCCGCCUGGAUCUUGGACAGUGCGACCUGGAUAUCAAGAUGGCGGCGCCCAUUGGAAGAUUGCGACGUUCGCAGCAAGUAGCGCCGGAGUUUGUGAAACCCAGCCCUCCUCAAACUGAGCUUCCUGGGCUUCAACCAGCUCCACAUGGGCCUCCAGAGUUUCCGCAGGGUCCAAAUCUACCAACACCAGUCCCUCCAGUCGUUCCGCAAGCUCCAGCCCCAGCCCCAGCAACGCUUGGCCCGGCGAUGCCACCAGCGAUGCCUCCAGCGAUGCCAGCAAUGCCGCCACCAAGUCCACCCAGCGGCCCAAGCCCACCAGGCCCACCCGAACCUGAGAUGGAAUUGACACAGCCCGAACAAGUGAAAGAAGGGAAAGAGAAGAGCCCAAAGAGACAAGAUAUCCAAGAAAGCUUGCCGAGAGUGACGGAGAAUCUAGAGAAGCAGGAGAAUGAGGAACGGCAGAAAGCCCCAGAAAGAACUUCAGCACUUCCGGAAGGUCCAAUGGAAGUCGCUGAUAAAUCCGAUAAAUCCUACAGUGUGCUACAAACUGCACCACCAGAACGCAAAGCCGCGGAACGCAAAGCUGCGGAACGCUUUGCGGAAGGGCCAGCUGUCCAAGAGGAAGAACGUGCAACAAAGCUGCCUGUUCAACUUCCUGCACCUCUCCCCGCAGCCUCAUCCACACCAGGAGCCCCGCCCCUUCCACAAACUCAGAGUGUUCCCCGAAGGCCUGUAAGGUUGCCUGUGCCUCUUACCCCACCUCCAGACCGACGAGGAAACCAAGGAAACCAUGCAAGAUUGGGAGAGCACAAAGAAAAGGAAGACCCGAAACAGAAAGAACUGAAAGAAGAGCCAGAAGUCCGGAAGAACGAAGCGAGAGAAGAAACAAAGAAGGAAGAACAGAAGAAAGAAGAACUGAAAAAGGAAGAACCGACGAAAGAAGAAGUGAAGAAAGAAGAGAAGCGAGAGAACGAAGCGUUUCAGAAGAGAGAGGAAACGCCCGAAGAGGAAGUAGACUAUGACGACGAUGAGGUUGAUGGUCUUCAGAGAGAAGACGUCGAGAAAGAAGACAGCCAGCCGAAUGUGGAUUCGCCCGAAGGAGAGUCUCAGGGAAAGGACAGCGGGCAGGUUCCGCAGAGUAAGGAGGAAGCGGGACAGGACAACGGAGAAGCAGAACUCAAGCCCGAGGCCACACUUCAAUGUCUGCAAAGCGCAAGUGCACAAUGCAUGGAAACACAGUGUCUCUUGCAAUUGCCAUAGAAUUUUCAUGGAUGCUCACCUGCAGUAUCUUUCUGGCCUUAUCAAUCAAGCGUUUGCUCGCAUGAAAGGAAAGAACCC